GAAAAAUUAAAAAAAAAUGAACGCUUGGGGCUGUUUACGAAAUUGAGAAAAAAAUGUGAUGCUCUGGCUUGAACUUUUGGCAAUAAUUAACACAAUAUUACGUACUCAGACGUGGGCUUUUUGUUGAAGUUACCUGCUGAUGUUUACAAUUUAAUUGAAAAUUUCGCUGCCUUUAAGGAAAGUCCGACUGAGCAAAAGCCUGUUUUGAUCAGAGGUCUGGGUAGAAAAGCUACACAGAUGAUGGACAAGUACAAUUAAUUCAAUGCUAGUGAUUACAUUUACAGGUUUUCAAGCUGAGUGACCCACAGGAUUAUUGCUAAAGGAGUAAAAGCAUUGUGCUAUGGGAGACAUGAAGGAGGCUGGAUUACAAAUAACACCUAAAACUCCUGGUCGUUCUUCUAUCUUAAACCCAUUUGACAGUCCCAGUGAUUACCAUAGCUUGCAAGAGCAUACAGUUGCUAGUCCAUCAGUCUUUAAAUCAUCACAGUUUUCCACUACAAAUUGUUCAACACCGGGAAGAUUUAGAUGGUCCAUUGAUCAGCUUGCUGUUAUAAAUCCUGUUGAGAUAGACCCAGAUGAUGUUCACCGUCAAGCUUUGUAUCUAAGCCGCUUCAAAACAGAUAAGGAAGUUGAAGAGAAGAGACAGAAAGCGAUUGAGCAGUUUUUUACAAAGAGCAUCAUUGUACCUUCUCCUUGGACUCAGCAUGACGGGAAGCAAGGCUCUCAACUCCAUUCAACCAAAUGUGUAGAUCUACAACUGGAUUCCCCAAGUGGAAGAGAAGUUAAUGCACAAGUGGGAAAGUGUCAUGUUGCAUGCCAGACACUGCUUUCCUUACCUGUGCAUUUUAAUUUAGAACAAAUAUUGGGUGAAUAUUUUAGGACAGAAGAGCAUGAUGACCAGUCUCAUGAGAACCUCAGUGCUUCCUCUUUAAGGAGGAAGCUAUUCCUGGAUGGCAAUGGGAGUGAAUCUGAUUGUUCUUCCCCUCCUUCACCUGAACAAAUCCCAUGUGUGGCUCCAGUAGCAUCCUUGGGAGUUCUUAAUUCCAUAGAUCUGUCUCCUGUUCGAUGUAGGAGUCCUGCUGAAACACCUCCUUCUGGUCAGUUUUCUUCUAGUCCUAUACAAAAUGGUACAAGAGCAUAUAGCCUGGGAAGUACAACUAGUCCACCAUUCUCAGAAAAGCUGUCCCCCCAUGAUAUGUCUCCUGCAUUUUCUCCAAUAACAUAUAAAGGGAAAUCACCAGGAGUGGAUCAAGAAAACCUGACACAUCCAUCUUUGCAUACAUCAUGCUCCAGUGCGGGUUCAAGUGGUAAAAGUAACACUGGAAGCCCAUUAAUAGACGGAUGCUCUCCUAUUAAAAGUUGUUCCGUCAUGGGACUAAGGACUCCUGGUGUUACCAAGCAAUUUCAGGUACAAGUACUCCAGUUGCCAUUUGUGCCUGAAAAUGAAGGGAUUCAAGAGGAGGAAGAAGAGGAUGAGGAAAACCCUAAUUGUCCACAAUUACUAAUACAAAUGGAUACAGAAAUGUUUUCUCAGGAGUCUAAUGCUGCUACCAUUUCAGAAAGAGACAAUUCAUCUGUGUCCUCAAAAAUUCAUGAGCCAGGAGUAACCUUACACUGUACUGGAGACUUAAAGGAUAACAAUAAUACAGUUGAUAUGGUAGACGUAGUGGAACUUGCAGAAGAUGAUACAACGUGGUUAAAAGGUUUAGCUGGCAGUGGCAGUAUACCAACAAGUGGGAUGACUUUCAAUGUGGAAAUAUCUCAAAUUUGUUUGUCACCUCUGGCAGAAAGUAGCACUAUCCCUUCCGACAGUAACAGUAUACAGGCAGACAGUGGAUAUAAUACACAGGCAAACUCAGCAAGCAGCAUUAUUGACAAUGCUGGUGCAGAGAAUAAUAGAAAAGACCUUCUGGACCAUCCAACCCACACCGAUGUUCAAAGCAAACUUCUGCAGCUUAAAAAAAAGAUGCAGUAAUUAUGUGCACCACCAGAAGAUGAAUAACAGAAUGUGCACCAUAUUUAAUAACUGUCCUUUGGAAGUAACUACAGCAAAAACAAAGGUCAUAUAUUACAAUCAAUUUGAUUAAAUCUUUGAAGUUGGCAUGCAUGCAAAAAGCUGGAACCAUGCAAGUUGAGAUCCCUACACGUCUAUAAUUGAGAAGACAAGAACACAAAUGCUCGACUUAAACUGUGUUUUUCCAUUUACACGUGGGAGUAGAACACAAGUGCUCUCAAUGUAGUAAAUGUCUAAAAGUGUGCUUCUACCAAAAGAUUAUCUAGCUUUUGUGAAAGGGUCACCUUAUGUUAUUUGGGUUACCUGAAUGGUUUGCUUCAUACUGAGGCAUUGCUUUUAAGGCUUGUCCGCUGUAUUUUUAUUUUAUUUGUAUCUAGAUAGAUAUAUAUGUUAUAAAACAAGUUUCAGAUCUGAGAAAUUGCUAUUUCUGGAGGGGCUGACUUACGCCUUCAUUGUCCAUGACUGUCAUAAGCAAAAUACACUAAAAAUCUACAUACAUAUUUCUUUACUGAAGUAUAAUGUAAGCAACAGCUAAGGAAACUCAACCAAGGACCGAAGUCCACAGCAGUAACUGAAGAAACCUGAAUCGAACAAGAGCAAAUUAUCAGUUCCCAUUUGUGGGUUUAGUUUUUAAGGCAUUUUUGGGGUUAUGUAACUUGCUAUAUUUUAUUCUAAGUUUUGUGACCAAUGUCCAGCCCAUAUGUGUAGAAACAUGGUAAGAUGAAACUCAUUCAGUAGUUAUCCAUCCGCAUAAGGGACGUUAAGAUUUAAGAAACUUUCUUGUUCCUUUCUGCACAAAGGAAAUACUAAAGAAAAGAGUCUGUCUGUGGCUUUGCUACAGCUGCUAUUGUCAUUCGGUCUAAAAUCACUUUUUAUAAUGGGUUUACUUUGAACUGAAGUAUUUUUAUGCAGUUCAGUUCCCAAAGCUCUUUGUAUUAUACAGUAUAAGACUUCCAUUUCACAAAUUCCCUCACCUUUGGUGUUUUGGUCAUUGAUUUAUAAAUGCAAAAUAGACAUCAAAAAUUUGUAAGCUGAAGAAAUCCCCAACAAAAACUAGACUUAAUCUGUUUCUUAAACACAAAAUGUAGUUUCUGUUCUGGUUGUGCUGCUACUUGUGGGUUGGGUUUUCUCAGACUACAGUUGAUUGGGAAUAAGGUUAGGUUUGAAUUAUGGCAUCAUAAAGAAAACAAGUAGGAUAAAAUGAUGAACUUGAAG